AUGCGCCGUGAACCUCCUGGCCGCUCAGCGAGGGGCCGAAUCUCUCGCGGUCGACCCACCGGGCGCGAGGAAGAAGAUGAAAUACCCGAAGUCUACCGGGAAAUGCUCGCUGAAGCAGAACUGCGGAGUCCAGAUAUCUCGGAGGCGGACCGUCCUAUCAAGAAACGAAAGGUUGGAGCUCAGAGAGCUACCACUUCUGAUGUUGUUUUUGUACCCCAAGUGCCACUGCCAAUGGAAGAUCAAGGUCAAGCCAGCCGGCAGGUACAGACGGUCUAUGACGAGCCCACGUCAGAGGAAUCCGAUAUGGAGUGGGAAGAAGUUGACCUUCAACAAGCUCCAGCUCAGUCAAUUCAGAUCCCUCCAGUGGCAGGGGGCGAUAAUGAACCACUCCAGAUCACUCUCGACAAUCAUGAAGGAAAGAGACGGAAUGUAGUCUCAAGGCAAAAGCCACUCACCGCUGCCGAGAAAAAGCUCCGAUUAGAUAUACACAAAGUUCAUGUGCUCUGUCUCCUGCGCCAUGUGCAAAUACGGAAUCUAUGGUGCAAUGACGAUGAACUACAGAGCUUUCUCAAGAGGAUGUUACCCAAGCAAGUGAUAGCCAUGUUAAAUCCAGCAGAGGACAAACCACAGUACAGCCGGUCUACGACCUUUGUUGAUGGGCUGAAUCAAGCCAGUGAUGCUUUUAGCAGGAGGUUCAGAGUGAAUAGGCCGGGCUUGAAGCGAGCUCAUUGGGUAGAUCCUGAGAAGUUGAAGCAAAAAGUGGAGUCUAUUAUGCCCGACGCAGAAGUCUUUUUGUCAAAAGAAGACUUUUGCACACAGGCUAGGACGAUGCAGGGCUCUCGUGACUUUGGUGCUCAGUUGUUCUGUGCUCUUCUACGCUCCGCAGCUGUGGAAGCGAGGCUGGUCUGCUCACUCCAGCCUUUGUCCUUUUCUGGGAUGACGAAGAACAUGACGCCGAACAAACCAGAUUCACCGUAUAUUGUUAUAUCGUCCGAUGACCAUGACACGUCAGCAGAUGAUCAACAGAUGUCUGGCGCCUCACCGACACCGGCGUCAAGGUCUCGAAGACUUGGACGACCACAAUUCAACCCAUCACGUUCACAGAAGACCUCUAUUCCAGGUCCGGGAUUUACCGCUCGAGCCUCGCCUUACCCGGUAUUUUGGGUUGAAGCAUUCAACGAAGCUGUCCAAAAAUGGGUCCCCGUCGACCCAUUGGUUACCAAAACGAUUGCAAAACCAUCUAAGUUUGAACCGCCCUUCAGUGACCCAUCAAACUGCAUGAGUUAUGUAGUCGGCUUUGAAGAGGAUGCGUCCGCAAGAGACGUUACCAGGCGCUAUGCAAAAGCAUUUAAUGCGAAAACACGCAAGCUCCGUGUUGAAUCUACUAAAGAUGGAGAGAGAUGGUGGGCAAGGACGAUGGGCUUUUACGAAAAGCCUUUUUUGGAGGACAGAGAUGAGGUGGAAAUUAGCGAGUUGACAGCGAAGACUGCUGCCGAGCCUAUGCCGCGAAAUGUGCAAGACUUUAAGGACCACCCGAUAUACGCGAUUGAGCGGCAGCUUCGGCGGAAUGAAGUGGUUUUCCCAAAACGCGUCAUUGGUCAAGUCAGUCUUGGGAAGUCGGGAUCGAAAGAUCAGGUGUUAGUGCCGGUGUACCGCCGUAGCGAUGUUCAUGUUGUCCGCAGUGCGGACAAAUGGUAUCGCUUGGGACGAGACAUCAAAAUUGGCGAACAACCAUUAAAACAUAUUCGCGUCAACAGAAACAAGGAUGUUGGUUUCAGCGAAGACGAGCACGACAAUGAAAGCGGCAUGGAGAUUCCUCUUUAUGCAUAUUUUCAAACGGAGGUCUACGCGCCGCCGCCUGUUGUGCAGGGGAAAGUACCAAAAAAUUCUUACGGGAACCUGGAUGUCUAUGUGCCGAGUAUGGUUCCUCCUGGGGGCGUUCACAUAAAGCAUCCUCAAGCUGCUUCUGCAGCAAGGGUCCUUGGUAUAGAUUAUGCAGACGCAGUUACAGGCUUUGAUUUCAAAGGCCGACAUGGAACUGCUGUUUUUCAAGGGGUUGUUGUUGCUAGCGAGUGUCAGGAGGCGCUUGAAGAGGUCUUGUAUCACCUUGAAGAUGAGAGAAGACAAGCUGAGUCUGAGGAAAAAUCGAGAGAGAUGUUACAGUUGUGGAAGCAUUUUCUUCUAAAACUGCGAAUUGCAGAAAGGGUCAAAAGCUAUGCCAUUGAAGGAGAAGAGAGCGCUGGUGAAAUCUCUGAAAACUACGAGGAUCCAGAGGAAACUGGUGGCGGAUUUAUUCCCGAACCAGAGCAGGAAAUGGCCGACACAGGAAAAUUUUCGACUUAUCAACAAUCAACCGAACAAGAGCCUCGAGGACAUACAUACAAUGAAGCAUCGACAAAUAAUGGAGCCCUGGGAGAUGAAGCGCCCCGUGGGGGAAUCAAAUCUGACGAGAGUGCCAGCCACAUAGAAGCAAUCUCGGUGAAUCCUUCCGCAAGGGACAUUCCCAAGGCAUCAAGACGUCCUCGUUAUAACCUUAUCGUCGUUCCUAAUAAGAAAGCAGACAGCAACGAGACCGGCACAUCCCAACGGCAACCCCAACAGCAGCACGAAGAAUCUCCUGGGAUUGCGGAGCUUGAACCAGCGGCAGAAGCUGAGAGUGUUAAGAGCUCCGGGGAGACUGGUCCUGCAGGCUCAUCGGAAGCUCCCAUUAUGGUCGACACUUCGACAACAGGCGGCUCCAAAUCAGCUAGUGUUGAGAUACUGUCGCGGGCAGCAUCGCAGACCCAGUCGCGAACUCCCACGCCAGAGGAAGUUGACGAGACACUAGCAGUUGAUGACAAUGGAUCAUUGUUGUCGCAUGAUCCUGAAGAUGAGGAUGCGAUUCCAGAGUGGCUAGUAUGA